GUCGCAGCGGAAAUAAAAGUGUUCGAACAAAAAUGAACAAGAGACUAUUUUUCCCUUUUUAAAAAGAAUAAAAAAUAGUAGAAAUUAAAAACGCUACGGGAAUAAUUAUUAUUAUUUUGUUUCUUUGGGUGUAUGAAGGGGGGAUUAUUUUUGUUUUUUUAGGUAGAAGGGGAUUAUUAUUCUAUUUCUUUAUGUAGAUGUAGAUGUAGAUGUAAAUGAAAUCAAAUGAAAUUCUCCGUUGAGGCACAGGCUGUGUUGCGGUCGUUGUAGUCGGAGAAGACGCCACAUCUCACUCAACCUCGCCGGCAAAAGGAAUCACCGCCGUUCACUUUCUCGCUUUCAUUUAAUCAUUCCAAAUCUGCGAAUUCAGAAAUAGAAUAAUCCAAUUCCUUAUUUGUUCUUUUUCCAAUUCAUCGUUUCCUUUAUUUCUUCCACGAAACGAAUCCCUAACCGCCACGACUUGAUUCCGUCGCGCGCGAUCUACUUUGAAUAAUCGGAUGGCGGCACCCAACGCGGAUCAAUUUGAAACGUAUUUCAGGAGAGCAGAUUUGGACGGAGAUGGCAGAAUCAGUGGAGCUGAAGCUGUUUCUUUCUUUCAGGGAUCGAACUUGCCCAAACAAGUUCUUGCUCAGGUGUGGGCGUAUGCUGAUCAGGCAAAAACCGGUUUCCUUGGGCGGAAUGAGUUUUAUAAUGCUCUGAGGUUAGUAACUGUGGCUCAGAGUAAGCGAGAUUUAACGCCUGAUAUUGUGAAGGCUGCGUUAUAUAGUCCUGCUGCUGCUAAAAUCCCUGCGCCGCAGAUUAAUCUUGCUGCUAUACCUCCGCCACGUCCAAACUCGGUUGCUACUAAUGCGUCUGUUGGGCAGAUGGGUGUCACUGCUCCUCUGCCGCAUCCAAAUUCGGUGGGUGCCACUGCUUCUGUUGGGCCGAUGGGUGUCACUGCACCAACAUCGUCACAAAGUUUUGUCUAUAGAGGACAGGGGUUAGCAGGUCCUGUUGCAAACCCGCAGUAUUUUCCUUCCCAGCAGAGUCCUGGCAUGAGACCUCAAUCUAUGCCUGCUAGUAGCGCUCCCCGUCCACAACAGGGUCUUGCAGGUCCAGAUAUUUCUAGAGGAGUUAACAUGGCUGUUCACAGUCUCUCAAAUCCUGGCAUCUCGAAUGAUUGGAAUGGUGUAAGGCCUGGUAUUGUUGCUGCAAGACCAGGAGGAACCACACCAGCGGCUGCGUUACCAACAUCGACAUCACUGUCUCCAGUCCCACCAAUGCCUCAGUCAACAACUGUCAACACUAAAGCAUUAGCUGUUUCUGGAAAUGGGUUCUCUUCCAGUUCAGUUUUGGGCAAUGAUUUAUUCUCUGCUGCCUCAUCGGCACCGAAGCAAGAACCUAGUGGACAGGGUUAUUCUGUCAGUAGUGUCUCAUCAGCCAUUGUUCCAGUUUCCAGUGGUGCCCAACCUGCUAGUAAGCAAAAUUCACUUGAUUCAUUACAGGGUGCAAUUUCGUCAAUGCUGCCUACAAAUAGUCAAUUUCAUCGUGCACAGUCUGCACCAAACAUAAACCAGCAAAUUUCACCACCAGCUUCUUCAUCUCCACUUACAUCAUCUGGCAUAUCAGUUGGACUUGGAAAUAAUAAUUCUGACAAUUCACAGCUUUCUUGGCAAAAAAUGAAACCUUCUGAUGUGCAGAAGUAUAUGAAGGUGUUUAUGGAAGUUGACACUGAUAGGGAUGGCAAAAUUACUGGGGAGCAGGCGCGCAGCCUAUUUUUAAGCUGGAGAUUACCAAUAGAUAUCUUAAAGAAGGUGUGGGACUUGUCUGAUCAGGAUAAUGAUAGCAUGCUUUCUUUGAGGGAGUUUUGCUUUGCUCUUUAUUUGAUGGAGCGGUAUAGGGAAGGUCGCCCUCUUCCACAGUCUCUUCCCAACAGUGUUAUGUAUGAUGAGACACUGAUGUCAAUGACAGGCCAUCCAAAAAUUUCUUAUGGAAAUGCAGGCUGGGGUAUGGGCACAGGUUUUCAGCAGCAACAAGGGAUGCCAGGUGCUCGACCAGUGGCACCAGCGGCUGGCUUGAGGCCACCAGUGCCUGGAAGUUCUGCCCAGGCUGAUGGCACUACACAGCCCAAUCAGCAAAAGUCAGGAACACCUGUGUUGGAGGAUUCCUUUUUGAACCCCACAGACAAUGGUGAGCGGAAUAUAUUGAAUUCAAACCCUCAAGAGGCAACAAGUGCGGAGAAAAAGGCUGAAGAAACACAGAAUGUGAUUCUGGAUUCAAAAGAGAAGAUCGAGCUUUACCGCAACAAAAUGCAGGAACUGGUUCUAUACAAAAGCAGGUGUGAUAAUAGACUAAAUGAGAUUACAGAAAGGGCAUCUGCGGAUAAGCGUGAGGCAGAAUCUUUAGGCAAGAAAUAUGAAGAGAAAUACAAACAAGUAGGAGAAAUAGCAUCCAAAUUGACUAUAGAAGAAGCUAAAUUUCGCGAUAUACAGGAAAGGAAGGUGGAGUUGCAGCAAGCCAUUGUCAAAAUGGAACAAGGAGGCAGUGCAGAUGGUAUUCUUCAGGUUCGUGCUGAGCGCAUACAGUCAGAUCUGGAGGAGUUAUUUAAGGCUUUAGCUGAACGGUGCAAAAAACAUGGGAUAGAUGUGAAGUCAAUUACAAUGGUUCAACUUCCUGCUGGUUGGCAACCUGGAAUAUCAGAGAGUGCAGCUCUUUGGGAUGAAGAUUGGGAUAAAUUUGAGGAUGAAGGAUUUGCUAAUGAUCUCACAUUUGAUGCAAAAAAUGCAUCUUCAAAACCAAAGCCUGCAUUCAUUCAUGGAGUAGAAAAUUUCUCUGAUGAAAAUACUGUCCAUGAUUCACCUGUGAAUGCAAAUGGGAAGCAAGAUAAUUCUGCUAAUGGGGAUUAUGCAGUUGAGGAUGAAUCUUAUGCUCACAGUGAAGAUGACUUGAGAAGAAGCCCCCGUGACAGUCCAGCUGGGAGGACUACGGUGGAGAGUCCUUCUCAAGUUUUUUCAAAUGCUCAUUUUGGAAAAGGCUCCGAAGCAGAUGCAGAAACACACAGAAGUUUUGAUGAAUCGACCUGGGGUGGUGCAUUUGACAAUAACGAUGAUGUGGACUCGGUGUGGGGUUUUAAGACCAAGGACACUGACAUGGACCAGCAGGGAGACUUCUUUAAAUCUGGUGAUUUUGGUAUAAACCCAGUUAAAACCGGAUCUGGCCACUCUGAUGGCACAUUCCAGACAAAAAGCCCGUUUACUUUUGAUGAUUCAGUGCCUGGUACUCCACUUUCCAAGUUCGGCAACUCUCCCAGGUACAGUGAGGCAGGGGAUCACUUCUUUGACAUGUCAAGGUUUGAUUCCUUCAGCAUGCACGAAGGUGGAUAUUCUCCUCAACCAGAGAGGCUUACGAGAUUUGAUUCCAUAAGUAGCAGCAAGGAUUUUGGCUUCAAUAACGAGAAAUUUACGAGGUUUGAUUCCAUGAGUAGCAGCAAGGAUUUUGGCUACAGUAACGAUAAUAGAUUCACAAGGUUUGAUUCUAUGAGUAGCAGCAAAGAUUUCGGGUACAAUCACGAUAAUAAAUUCACAAGGUUUGAUUCUAUGAGUAGCAACAAAGAUUUCGGCCACAAUCCUGAGAGGCUCACAAGGUUUGAUUCCAUGAGUAGCAGCAAAGAUUUCGACUUCAGUCGUCAGGGGCAUGCAAGGUUUGAUUCAAUUAGUAGCACCAAGGACUUCGGCCACAGUGGUCCAUUCUCUUUCGAUGACUCUGAUCCAUUCGGCUCCUCUGGCCCGUUUAAGGUUUCUUCAGAAAAUCAAUCUCCGAAGAAAGGUUCUGAUAGCUGGAGUGCAUUCUAACCUGCAAUCCAGCUUUUUCCUCGUUGCUUCCAUUUCCUUGAUUGUUCAUGAUAGCCUAUUUUUUUUGUGUAUAGCGAAAAGAAAAGCUGGACGGUAAUAUUAUAUGGUACGGCCAAUGUAGUAGUUUGGAGACAGCUUUUUCUAAUUUUUUUGAGGGGUAUGCGAGCACGAGUGUGUGUGUGUGUGUGUUGUGGGAGGGAGAGAUACAGAGAUGAAACUAAAUGUCUUGGUUUGUAUGUACUACUAAGUUUAAUGGCAAUCGCAUGCAAAAUAUAUUUUUCUU